GAAACCAACAGCUCUCACGCUGAAGCUCACAUCCUCACCCUCCAGCAUGAAGGUCUCCGCAGCCCUCCUGUGCCUGCUGCUCACCGCGGCCACCUUCAGCACCCAGGUGCUGGCUCAGCCAGAUGGAAUUAAUACCUCAACGACCUGCUGCUACAGAUUCAUCAAUAAGAAGAUCCCCAUCCAGAAGCUGGAGAGCUACAGAAGAGUCACCAGCAGCUACUGUCCCCAGGAAGCUGUGAUCUUCAAGACCAAACUGGCCAAACAGGUCUGUGCCGACCCCAAGCAAAAGUGGGUCCAGGAUUUCACAAACUACCUGGACAAGAAAACCCAAACUCCAAAGCUUUAAUUGCUCACGCCUGAACUGAAGCCAAGCUAGUACCUGAGAAACAACUAAUUUAUAUUCCUACCCUUUCCAAGAUGCACUCUGAGAUUAUCUUCUUAUAAUUCUAAGGAAUGUGAGUUUUGUGGAAUAAUGUGAAUUAUAGUUUUUAAGUACUGCCUUAUCUUUUUUUUAAGUUAUUAAUAUUUUAAUUUAAUGUGCCAUGGAUUUGGCUGGGUUUUAAAUGUAAAGCCUGGGACACAACGUCCCCCUCAGUCCUCUGAAAACUACAGGCUGCUCCUCUCCUCUCUACCUCACUGUGGCGUUACGAAGCUCCUUGCACAAGACAAUGCAAAGAUUUUUUGUUUGGGUUUUUAGGAGGUGAUGUGCUUAUGAAACCAUAAUGUUAUUAUAUAAUUGAAUAUUUUUAUGUGUAUGUCUCUUGGGAUUUCACAUAAAAUAUGUUUUUGG